AUGGUGCCGUUACAUGUGACAAUCCUGAUUAUUUUGAACGAAAGUAUGAAUGCAGCCACAAAUAGGAUUAUGAUUGGUAUUGAACAACAACUGAUCACUGGUUUUUCACCUGCACCCUUCCGAUGCUCUUGCACUUUGAUUGAUGAAGGUAGAAACAACAACAAAAUGUCUGCUUACUUUGACGCUGUCAUCAUGUUCAGUUUUGGCGAUGAAGAUGACGACGACACUUUUAUUCAGUCUAUUCAACCAUUACCGAAACAAACAAUAGAACGAGAUAUCUUUACCGCUGAAGAAUUUGAUCCUGAUCGGUUUCUAUCCAGUCGUCGACAUUUAGGAUUGGAACGCUUAAAAAUGGAAUUGAAUAGUCAUCUCAAGUCUUUGAAAACAGAACUAGUAGACUUGAUCAACCGUGAUUAUCAAGAUUUUAUUAAUUUAUCAACCAAUUUGAAAGGUGUCGACAAAGCUAUUGAAAACCUACAGCCACCUCUUGUACGGAUGGAAGUCGAAGUCAAGGGUGUACGAUCUCAUUUCCAGCAUGUCAUGGACGAUCUUGAAAAACAAUUGGAACAUCGUGCACGAGUACGAGAAAAGAAGACUUGUUUGAAAUUAUUACUGAAUAUUCAUGAAUCAGUCUCCAAAGUUGAAGACUUGCUACAAAUCAACGCGGAUAUUUCCAAGGACAAGGCUGGAACUGGUCUUACUAUGGCAACUACUUUGACAGAUGGAACAACUGUUGCAGAAGAAACUGAAGAUAGUUUGGGAAAGCAAAUAGAUCGAGUGGCAGUAGAGUUCAAUCAAAUGCAACAUCUGGUUAAUCGUGGAAAACAUCUAUCUUUUGUGAUCGAAAAUGAAUGGAGAAUCACGCGAAUUAAGGAUACUUUACAACAAAAGCUUUCAAAAGCAUUAUCAAUGACCAUCAAUAAUAUGCUACAUGGACAAAUCGAUAGAUCAACACGCCAAGCAUUAACUCAGUGUUUACGAACUUACGCACUUGUGGAUCAAACCCAUGUGGCCGAAAGUAUUAUACGUGAAGAAUUCAUUCGCCCUUUUUUGGACAAAACAAUUACUCGCCAAGCUAUAGAAUCUCCCCGAUUGAACAACAAUGGAUCAUCAUCAACAUUGUCAGCACAAGAUCUUUCUCAACCUCUCGUCAUCAUGUAUAACAAAAUCCUAUCUUUUGCCAGCAAUGAUUUACGACCUAUUUUGGAUAUCAGUCAACGCACUUUGAAAGGAACAAAUUAUGAGAUCUUGGUUAAUUCUCUUUGGGUACAAGUAGUAGAACAUAUUCAUAAGCGAUGUUCAACAAUUUAUGCUGCUGGUCAAACGGAUGCAUGUCAUAGGAACUACACCUCUUCCAUUCAAUUCAUUUCUGGUUUAGAAAACUUAUUUAUCAGCAAGAAAUCACUUCUCUACUUCAGAAAUCAUCCCAGCUAUACUCUUUUCAUGAAACGAUGGCAACUUCCUGUUUACUUUCAACUUCGAUUUAGGGAAAUCGUCACCGAUGUGGAAGAACACUUAGUGGAUUCCAAAAAAGGUUUGGCUUUAGAUACAUCAAAAUCCCCUACAAAUAAAACCAAUUUGGUUCUACCGGGUACCAAGGCGAUUGCGCAAGCCAUUGAAAAAUGUUGGGCAGACAAUGUGUUCCUAUAUUUACUUUGUCGAUACAAUCUUUGGGCUACUCAAGUCAUUGAGCAAACUUUUAACAAGCAAGAUGAUCGUAAUGAUGGUGAACAGCGAACUUCAUCCUCUCUUGGUAGUAGUCCUACCACUAGUGGCGACCUGAUCAAACCCUUUGAUGAAACAUUGGUGAUUGUUUUAUCCAAUGAUAUCGAAAAUCUUGUUAGUGUUAUGAAGACUCUGACUAGCGAUAUGAUAUUUCCCAAACUACCAAACGAUAUUCAAGAUAUUUCUCUUCUCAAAGAGAGUAUGGACGAACUUUUACAAACAUUGGAAACAUCGACAAUUCAAGAUUUAGAUCGGCGUAUCACUGGAGCAAUCAGUCGACGAUGCAUGGAAUCUCUACAACUUGUCAAAGGGAUCAUCAGUCAUUACCGACAUACGAACAAAGCACCACCGACAGAACCUUCGUAUUUUAUACCCCAUCUAUUCAAACCAUUUGUGACUUUUGUGGAACGUAAUCGACCAUGGAUUCAACAUACCAAUAAGCAAAAAACAUGGGCAGCUAUUGUAAUUGAUAUGGUGAUUUUUAGAUAUACUUUGAUCAUUAGUGAAUUACUUGCGAUUUUGAAAAAACAAGAUGAUGCUUUGAAGAAAAUCAAAUGGGGCAAAAAAACUGGGUUGACAAAACCAUCAGAAGAUACAUUGACAGAUAGUGAAAAAAUUCAAUUACAAUUUGCUUUGGAUGUACGCCAAAUUGGAAAAGAGUUGGACAAGAUGGAUGUGGAGAAUCAUCGACCUGAAUGUUAUAUCAAGUUAUGUCAAGUGGUGGAACCUUUUGAACAUUUGAUAUCAAGCCCAGUAUAGUACAAUGGUUGGAUUAGAAUACAUAAUUGACAAUAAUAAAUAAAAAAAAAAUAAGUAGAAACAGGACAGUUUCUGUGUUGAUUUAUUUGUAAUAAUAUAAAAAAAAAAU